CACCUUGCCAGGUACUCAGUCUGCCGUUGGCACCAUUUGAUGCCAGAGAUAAGCUUGUCAUACUGAACCCUCUGUAGUUUCGAAACUUUAGACCAGGCGAGGCAAGAGAUCCGAAGCGGGACAAAACAAUCCUCCUCAUGAAGAUCAGCGCGGUUGCAAGGAGAGCAAGGGUAUAUAGUAUAGGGAAGAGCACCUCAAUCCAAAGGACCGAAACUCGAGCGGGGACGCGAAAGCAGCGUUAUAGAUAACUAAGCAUCCCCGAACAAGACGGUGGCUAACUCCGGCUGAGUCAGCAACGCCGUCCCUGAUCUCUCGCAUCGGAAGAGAACAGCAAGUCAGUGCACAGUCUGCAAGCUCUGGACGGCAGCUCUGCGGUUGUCCAGGAUGGAUCUCUCAGCUCUCACGCGCCCGGCAAUCCUAUGCCAAUGUUCACGGUGUUCCAGUUCGCUGGCCGCGCUCGAGAACGAGUGGGCGAAGCUGUCGAACUCCUACUCGUUUGUGACGGGGUGGCUCAGCCUGGACCUGAACCGGGUGUCGAUAUCCCUGCAGAAGAAGCAGGUUCCUCAGAGCUCUGACUUGAGUCUGUUGCGCGGUCGCAUCCUCCAGGAGGUGACGUGCAAGUUAUGCCAGCAGAAAUUAGGCGUGUUGUGUCUGCUGGAUAGUGGCCCGAAUAUAUUCUGGAAGCUGGGAAAGGUAUCAUUUAGGGAGAUUGUGACGAUGCGAACGGUAGAACCGAUUUUCAAAGCUGGAUCGCCCGAGCAGUUUCUAUACCCGCAAUCCACUGGCCCAUCCGGGGCAUUGGUGCCGCUACGAUCGCUGGACAUGCAGGACAGCAAUAUCUCGGUCGAGCAGCAGAUCCAACACCAGGGAGCGAGCAUAAACCAUAUCUCCAGUUCUGUCAGCAAUCUCCAUGAUACCAUGAGCGAGCUGAAACAUGCUUUCACGGCUUUGCGCCUUGAACUGAACGGUCCUGGGAGCCGGUCAUCGACGGAGAUGGAGAGUACAAACAUCGACUUUGACAUGAUUGCCACUGUUUUACGGGAACUCAAAUCCAAGUCAGAGGAGAUCGAGAGACUCAAGCUGGAGAUUGAGGCGCUGAAGCUCAAGAACCGGGUUAUGGAGGAACAAGCGGGGAAGAUACCAUCUGCCAUGCGGGGACUCUUGCCCGAAAUGCAGGGCCAUGGCCUGCUCCAAGCAACCCGGAAACGCGGGAGACAAGACUCCCUUCUCGGAGGUCGCACCCAUCAGAUCAUGGAUUCCUUCGACGAUUCGGACGAGGUGCUUGACGACCUGUCUGUGGCCGAUUACCCGUCCCAGCCUAUCAGAAUCCCACUGAAAGAACCAGCUACGGGCUCUACAAUGACGGACUCCACGAGUAUGGGGCGGUCAAGGUCGGGUUCAGCAGCGUUGCGCAUCGAAAUCAGCCAAUCUCGAGACGUGUCGCGUCGUCUGGACAGAGGUACGCCACAGACGCAAAGGGAUCACUCUGAACAACCUACGGCAAAGCGACCUCGUCUCGAUGACGCGGCAGAUGUCUCGUAUGGAGCUGCAGCCCCAGAAAAGAGAAGACCAGGGCGCCCUCGGAAGUCCUUCAGCCAGGCUCCAAGACCGGUUGUUGUACAGACACCCAAAGCCACCCCGCUUAGUGAGCAGACUGGGAACACAAAUGCUAGCACUAGCAAAAGCUACUCUUCAGUGGCGAACGAGACCCCAAACACGCCCCUGAACGCCAAGGGACAAGGGCCAGGACGACCGAGAAGCCUGCGCGGUCGCAGGAAGCAGUCAGUCUCAUCUCUCGCAUCUCGAGCCUUUGAAGACGGAGAAGACACUGCUCCGGAGCAGCAACAACCGGAGCAGCAACAAACAGAACAGCGAGAACCGGAACAGAUUCAAUUAGAGCAGCAACAACCAGAGCAGACUUCCACGGAAACGAACCCACCUAACCUGACUUUACCCGACCAGAACCCACUAGAUACAACUACAAGCCCUUCUACGCUCCCCUCCGGCCCAUCCGUGGGGGUAAGCAAUAUAGCCACUCUGCAAAACGAGAGUCUCCCGGUGCCGCAAGCCAUCGAGCCUCCUCCCAGCCAGAAGAUGGAGAACGUUGAAAACGAAACGGUGCGGGAGAAGCGCAAGGCGCAGAUCAAUGCGCGGGAUCUAUUGGCGAAGCUAGCCAUGCAGCGCGAGGAAGCCAUGGAGAUGGAAGAAGCGCGAUGAACAGAGCGUAGCUUGUUGGAUUACUUCUAUUCUGGUAUUCUAUGCUAUUUAAUAUAGACCCUUAUUAAUCUAGGCUGGAUAUAUCUU